GCCGCCCUCCAACUUUUCCAUUAUUUAAGACCCCACAGAGGCACAGAAAAGCACCUGCAUCUUAGAUUCUCUGCCAUCUCUCUUCUCUCUCUCUCUCUCUCUAACAUGGAAGAAUAUGGUGUCCCAAUACCCCUACAGCCAUCUUCUUCCCAUCUCACACUGUUCUCAGCCAACACGUUCACUCCCCAACCAGUCUCUACCAAACAUCACACUAACAACUCCAGUGGUCUCUUGGGUUGGAACGAGACGGCGAAGGCUCAGGUCUUAGAUGAUCAUGGGGUUCCUCGCAGGGAGAUCUUAAUUGGGUCAGAGGCUGAGCGAAAACCAGCUACGAAGAAGAGGGAGAAGAAGGUGAGAACGCCUCGCUAUGCUUUCCAAACAAGGAGCCAGGUUGACAUACUCGAUGAUGGAUACCGGUGGAGGAAGUACGGGCAGAAGGCUGUGAAGAAUAACAAAUUUUCAAGAAGCUAUUAUCGAUGCACAUAUCAGGGUUGCAAUGUCAAGAAGCAAGUUCAACGUCUAUCAAAGGAUGAAGGGAUUGUGGUGACCACCUAUGAGGGGAUGCAUACUCAUCUUGUAGGGAAAUCAAAUGACAACUUUGAACGUAUUUUGAACCAACUGCAAGUUUAUUCUAGCUUUUAAGACUUUGAAUGA